AAAACGCUGGUAUCCCUUGUUAACCUAUUCCCAUUCUUACAACAGCUGACUACGAUUGUAAUCGUAAUUAUAAUCCUCUUCCUUUUAUGACACCAAUAUUUUCUUAGUAAAGUGAUUUAUAACAGUCUCAGAGUGCGUUACGAUCGUUAACACCGAAAAGUACACUGUAAAGACAUGCCGACUGUCAACAUAAAACGUGACUUACUUUUUCAAACUCUUGGCAGAACAUAUUCGGACGACGAAUUUCAAAAUUUAUGUUUCGAGUUCGGAUUAGAAUUGGACGAAGUGUUGACGGAAAAACAAAUGAUCGCUAAAGGGGGAGAACAGAUCAUGGAUCAGGCGGAAACAUCGGACGAUAUUAUAUAUAAAAUUGAUAUACCGGCAAACCGAUACGAUCUACUCUGUUUGGAGGGUCUGUCUCUUGGUCUACGUAUAUUUUUAAAUCAAUUAAGUGCACCGCGAUACACGAAGAUACUUCCAACUACGAAUCAACAGAGGAUCGUCAUGACAAAGGAGUGUCUCAAGAUCAGAGGACACGUCGUCGCGGCCGUUUUACGGGAUGUCACGUUUACGAAAGACACUUACAACAGUUUCAUUGAUCUCCAAGAAAAGUUACAUCAAAAUAUAGGCAGGAAAAGAAGUUUGGUCUCGAUUGGGACUCACGAUCUGGAUACCAUCAAAGGGCCAUUUUUAUACGACGCGCGAAGCCCAAAAGACAUCCGUUUCAAACCGCUUAACCAGGACAAAGAAUAUUCCGGAGAUGAGAUCAUGAACUUAUAUGCCAAUCAUGCGCAGCUGAAGCAGUACUUGCACAUCAUAAGGGACAGUCCAGUUUAUCCCGUGGUCGAAGAUAGCAACGGAACGGACGACGAAUUUCAAAAUUUAUGUUUCGAGUUCGGAUUAGAAUUGGACGAAGUGUUGACGGAAAAACAAAUGAUCGCUAAAGGGGGAGAACAGAUCAUGGAUCAGGCGGAAACAUCGGACGAUAUUAUAUAUAAAAUUGAUAUACCGGCAAACCGAUACGAUCUACUCUGUUUGGAGGGUCUGUCUCUUGGUCUACGUAUAUUUUUAAAUCAAUUAAGUGCACCGCGAUACACGAAGAUACUUCCAACUACGAAUCAACAGAGGAUCGUCAUGACAAAGGAGUGUCUCAAGAUCAGAGGACACGUCGUCGCGGCCGUUUUACGGGAUGUCACGUUUACGAAAGACACUUACAACAGUUUCAUUGAUCUCCAAGAAAAGUUACAUCAAAAUAUAGGCAGGAAAAGAAGUUUGGUCUCGAUUGGGACUCACGAUCUGGAUACCAUCAAAGGGCCAUUUUUAUACGACGCGCGAAGCCCAAAAGACAUCCGUUUCAAACCGCUUAACCAGGACAAAGAAUAUUCCGGAGAUGAGAUCAUGAACUUAUAUGCCAAUCAUGCGCAGCUGAAGCAGUACUUGCACAUCAUAAGGGACAGUCCAGUUUAUCCCGUGGUCGAAGAUAGCAACGGAACAGUGUUAUCCCUGCCGCCGAUCAUCAACGGAGAUCAUUCGAAAAUUACGCUCGACACUAAGAACGUAUUUAUCGAAUGUACCGCGACUGACUUAACAAAGGCGAGGGUAGCAUUGGACACGAUAGUUUGCGCCUUUAGUCAAUACUGUAAAGUAAAGUGUACGGUAGAAACGGUAGAAGUCGUGUAUCCGAACGAACAAGUGUUUCGAUAUCCCGACUUGAAGUAUAGAGACAUAGAGAUUGAUUGUAACAAGGCGACGAGAUACAUCGGCAUCGAACAAACGCCAAACGAGUUAGCUGAUUUGCUUUCAAGGAUGUCUUUGAAGACGUCCGUCAGGAAUGGUACUAAAUUGAUCGUUCAAGUACCUCCGACGAGACACGACGUGAUACAUGACUGCGAUAUUUUCGAGGACAUCGCUAUAGCUUACGGGUACAACAAAAUUCCAAAGACGUUACCGCGUUUGUCUACCACUGCCGAAGAGUUUCCGCUCAAUAAAUUAUCCGAUCAGUUGCGCAUAGAAUUGGCCUGCGCUGGAUUUACGGAAGCAUUGACUUUCUCGUUGUGUUCCCGCGAAGAUGUAGCGGACAAGCUAGGCCGUAAUUUGGCGGACGUACCGGUGGUCCACGUGUCCAAUCCCAAGACGUUCGAAUUUCAGGUCGCGCGUACCACUUUACUACCAGGUUUACUGAAAACGUUAGCUUCGAAUAAGAAGAUGCCGCUUCCGUAUAAAUUGUUCGAGAUCUCCGACGUUGUGUUAAAAGAUAAGAACGUGGAUGUUGGCGCGCGUAAUCAGCGACGUUUGUGCGCUGUGUAUUACAAUAAAUCGGACGGUUUCGAAGUGAUCCAUGGCCUAUUAGACAGAGUGUUACAAAUAUUGGAAGUUCCGUGGUGCUACAAUCAGAAUACGGAUGGAUACUGCCUCCGUGCGAUUGAUGAUCCCGCUUUCUUCACCAAUCGUUGCGCGGAGAUAUCGUGCUACGGAGAGGUGAUCGGGAAGAUGGGAGUUCUCCACCCAGAUGUCAUCUCGAAAUUCGAAUUAAACAUGCCUUGUUCCGUGUUAGAAAUCGACAUUGAAACACUUUUGUAAUGUUUUGAUAAAAAGUAAAAUAGUCGAACACGCGUUUAAAUACACA